ACGAAGUGAGCACGGCUGUGAUGCCACGUGUGUUAGUGCGGUAGUGCAGUGGGGCACAGGCCCAAUCGUUCGAAAAUAGAAAACGGAAAAAUUGACCCCCAGAUGGGAGUAUACGAGGAGAGGGGAGCGAUGCACUGGCAACAGAGUGAGCGGUAUCUGCCUUCGGCGUAUGAGCAAGGGGGCGAGUUGUCGCCGGUAGCGACGGCGACGUCGCCGGCCUCCCCCCGCGACUGCACCUCGUGCCGCAAGCGCGAGCCGCCGGACGAGCCCCCCGCGCCCCCGCCGGAAGAGGCGUGCGCCGGCUGCGGCUCCCGCAUCACCGACAGGUUCUACCUCCUGGCCCUCGAGCGCCGCUGGCACACCCCCUGCCUCAGGUGCUGCGAGUGCAAGAUGCCCCUCGACUCAGAACAACGAUGUUAUGCUCGCGACAGCAAUAUAUUCUGCAAGAACGAUUAUUUCAGGUUAUAUGGAUCUAAGCGGUGUGCUCGAUGCAACACACCGAUCUCAGCUUCAGAGCUGGUGAUGCGCGCCCGUGACCUCGUGUUCCACGUGCAUUGCUUCUCCUGUGCACUUUGCAGCACGCCUCUUACUAAAGGGGACACAUUCGGUAUUAGAGAGUCUGCAGUGUAUUGCAGGUUACAUUACGAAACUAUGCCGGACUACGGGCCUCACAUGGCAGUCCCCGGUCCUCCUCAAAUGUGUCCAGGACCUUACGCGGGGCCACCACCGGGCUCACAUUACCCGCCUUAUCCAUCACCUGAAUUCGCGCCGGUCGAACCUGAUGUUCCUAAAGGGCCCUUCUUUAACGGGGCGGCAGCGCCUCCGCCUCGACAGAAAGGGCGUCCGAGAAAAAAGAAGCCGAAAGAUCAGGACAUAAUGACAGCUAAUCUCGGUGUGGUUUCAGAACGCUCGUGCGAAAUGGCGGCGAAUGGUGACGAAGCAAGAAAACAAAAUGGCGGAGAAGUGCUCUCCGGACGCGACGCUAGAGAUGGACAUGUACCACGGACCCAUGUCGCUGCCUCCGCACAGUCCGCCGUACAGCGUCAUCGGGGGCCCGCCCAGCCCCAACUCUAUGGACUGUCCAUAGCAACAAUUUUGCGCUUUAUGAGCGCUAAGAAACUGGACGAGACAUUAAAAAGUGCAACCUUCAAAAGCGCUUUUAAUAAAUCGUGUAGAAUUAUAAUGGACUUAACAAGUGUUGGUCACUUGGUCAAAUAUAUUUAGUGGACUCUGUAUAAAAAUUGUGGUUGGAAGGAAGUGAAAUCAAUAUAAAAUGUAAAAAUAUGUGGGAUCUUUAAUGUUUAGCAGUUUCUAUAAAUGUACGUUUACUCCAUGUUUAAUUAUAAAACUGCACAAUCUUACAGCUGAUAUGAAAGCUCAAUGUCACGUGCACCAGUUCCAAUACUGAAUUACUAUUUUUGCAUCGUAAAUAUUUUUUUUAAUCCAAGUGUAAACUAAUUUAUUUUUUUAUGUUUGUUCGUUCUAUGGAAUUAUAUUUAUUUAGAAAUGAAAUAAGUUGUUGAACAAUUUAUGAUAUAAUCUCCGUCCAUCAAUGAAUAUGGAGAUUAACUUUGGUUUUACUUGCACAUAAGGAUAUCUGCAUUUUUUUAUUAUGAAAUAAUUUCAUGAAGAAUUUUGCACUUGUAGCGGAUUAACAAGAGGAAGAAAUUGUAAAAAAAUCUAAUAGAUUCAUGUUAAUGUAAUACUAUUGUUCUAUAUUAUAUAGUUAUAAUGCAGUAAUGAUAUCGUUUCAAUAAAUACACUGACUCUUAAAUGUAGAUACAUAGGGAUGGGCAAAUUACAACGAUGAAUAUCGAUUUAUUAAUAUAUACUAUUUAUUUAUUGAAUAAGAAUAAAUGUAAGUGGUAGGUAUGAAUUUUUUCCAUAAAAUAAUAAUAAUUAUUAAAUAUUUAAAGACGAUAAUAAGCGAACUAGAAAUAAAUGUUGUAUUAGUUUUUGGAAAACUUGCACAUUGAAGUAGUGUUAAGCAUUAAAUUAUGAUGUAAUGUGAAUUUACUGUCGUAACACAUGUAUAACAAUAUUUCCAUCCCUUUCAAUCUUUCUGAUAAUAAGAGAGAUAACAAUAAUGUUCUUAUACUUGUGUUCCAACAGAAAUUCACAAUUAAUCCAGCUAAGUACACGCACUUGUAGUUCCUCUUUGUAUAAAUUGAUAAGACAUUAAUAAAGUUACAACUUACAGUAAUAUGUUAUAGGAAUCGAUUAAUUAAAUUAUCCUAUUAUUCAUUGUGUAGUUAAGUUAAGAAGCAGACGUGAGUGUAAUGUGUAAAUGAUGUUAAGUUAGAAGGAACAAUCUCAUGUAGUAAGCACAACAACCAAUAUAUAUCUGGAAAAUAUAUUCCUGUCACUAUAACAAAUUAUAACGAAUCUGUUAAUAAAAUAUUACGA